AGUAGAAGGUCCCAGAUGACCAUGAAGGCACCAAGGGUUUCUCUGUAUGCAACCUUAUUUGCCCUGUGCUGGAUUUUGACGUUUGUUAUCAAUGAAGAGUUGGUUAAUGCUGCCAAGUCCAAACAGAGGACCAGAAGCGUCCAAAUGAGGCAAAACAGCGGCGUUAUUUCGAAAAGAGAAGAUCUACACGAUGGACUUUCAGAAGACACUCAGAUGGACGAGCCUGGAGCAGAAGAAAUGGCUGAAAAGGAAAAACCAAAGGGAAAAAAGACAUCUGAAGAGUUAUUAGCUGCCAAGGCAAAGAAGGCGGCUGAGAAGGAAGCCAAAGCCAAGAAACCGAAGCCCACCAAAAAACCCAAACCUCCAAAACCAACAAAGAAACCCAAACCCCCAAAGCCCACCAAGAAGCCAAAGCCUCCAAAACCCACCAAAAAGCUGAAAGCAUUGAAGCCCACCACAACGCCAACAACCAAAGAAACUAAACCAACCAGAAAGUCAACCAUGGAGGAAGAGGAGGAGAAACUGCUCUUGGAGCUGGGAUGGGACACGUUAUUUCCAACAGAACCACCAAGGGAGACAGAGAUGAAGAAACCCAUUGGCCCAGAUCAUGUAGACGUAGACAGCAAGAAAGACACCAUGACACCCUCAAUCAAAGAGCUAGACGCGGAUUACUGGGACGCCCGACAUGAAGUUCAAGAGCCCGACCUCAUCCCUAAAGUCAAGGAGCCACCCAGGACUGAUGACCCAAGUAUAUACUUACCAAUCCCAGAGGAAACCACUACCACCCCUCGAACAAUCGCCCCUUGGUACGAGGAAUAUGAUUAUGCUGACUUGGCAGCAAAGAAGCUGGAAGAAGAGCUAGAAAGAGCCAGAAAGGCCAAAGAGGAGAAGGCGGAAAAACUACGGAAGAUGUGGGAAGAGGAGGAGGAGGAGAAGAGAAAGCAGAUGCCUCUUCAUGCCGAGCCAAAGAAGUGUCCUCCUCUUGGCAUGGAGUCCCAUCGCGUGGAGGACGAUCAGAUACUGGCAUCUUCUAUGUCUCAUCUUGGAUUUUCAGCUCUGAGAGGACGUCUUAACAUGCAGAACUCAGCUUAUGAGGAGGAUGUUUACGGCGGAGCGUGGUGUGCUGAUACGGAGGAGAAGGAGCACUGGUUUCAGGUGGACGCCCGUCGAGAGGUGGAGUUCACAGGGGUCAUUACGCAGGGCAGGAACUCAGAGACACAUAACGACUUUGUGUCAUCGUAUUUCGUGGCCUUCAGCAACGACAGCCGUGAAUGGACGGUGCUCCAUGAUGGUUACGCCGAGUGGCUCUUUUAUGGGAAUGUGGAUAAAGACACUCCAGUAAUGACAGAGUUCUCGUAUCCUGUGGUGGCGCGUUACAUCCGUAUUCUCCCGCAGAGCUGGAACGGCAGCCUGUGCAUGAGGAUAGAAGUGCUCGGAUGCCCAUUACCCACUAGCUAUCCAACUGAGAACGACGUUCCACCGACGGAUGAUCUCGAUUACAGGCAUCACAACUACAAAGAGAUGAGACAGAUGAUGAAGGUCAUAAAUGAAGAAUGUCCCAACAUCACCAGAAUAUACAACAUCGGAAAAAGCUCCCAAGGCCUGAAGAUGUACGCCAUGGAGAUCUCAGAUAACCCUGGAGAACAUGAGACAGGUGAACCAGAAUUCCGGUACACCGCAGGGCUUCAUGGGAAUGAAGUGCUGGGCAGGGAACUUGUGCUGCUCUUGAUGCAGUUCCUAUGUAAAGAAUACAAUGACGACAAUCCGCGAGUGCGCCGCCUUGUGGAAGGAGUGCGCAUCCAUCUAGUGCCGUCCCUGAACCCUGACGCCUAUGAGCUGGCCUUCGAGAUGGGCUCUGAAAUGGGAAACUGGGCUUUGGGCCACUGGACAGAAGAGGGAUACGAUAUUUUCCAGAAUUUCCCAGACCUGAACAGUGUCCUGUGGGGUGCGGAGGACAGGGGAUGGGUGCCACGGAUCGUUCCCAAUCACCAUAUUCCCAUGCCUGAGAAUUUUCUCAAUGGCUCUGUCGCAGUUGAAACAAAAGCAAUCAUCAGUUGGAUGGAGAGGACACCGUUUGUUCUGGGCGCUAAUUUCCAGGGCGGAGAGAAGAUCGUCACGUACCCCUUCGACAUGCAGCGUCCACCCCGGGCCACGGGCUCGGACAGCAGGGGGGGUCAGCCGGGGUUUGAGUACCACCACAUGAACGAAGAAACAUGGGCCAGGAUUCAGCGACAGAACGAGGGCGCUCUUCGCGAGACGGCGGACGAAAACCUGUUUCGGUGGCUCGCCAUGACGUACGCGCACAGUCACCUGACCUUGACGGAGAACCACCGCGGGUCCUGCCACACCGAUGACAUCACGGGCGGUCAGGGCAUCAUCAACCGGGCCAGCUGGAAGCCGGUUGUGGGCAGCAUGAACGAUUUCAGCUACCUGCACACCAACUGCUUUGAGAUUUCCAUCUUUCUUGGGUGUGAUAAGUUUCCACAUGAAAGCGAAUUGGCGUCAGAGUGGGAAAACAACCGAGAGGCUCUGCUGGCUUUCAUUGAACAGGUACAUCGAGGCAUUAAAGGGGUUGUGCGAGAUGUCGGUGGGAAUCUUCUAGCAAAUGCAACAGUGUCAGUGGAGGGAAUAAAACAUGACGUCAAAACAGCUGCCACUGGCGAUUACUGGCGUCUUCUCAACCCAGGCGAGUAUCGUGUUACUGCAAGAGCGGAUGGUUAUUCUUCUCAGACUCGUCUUUGCAUUGUGGGCUAUGAUGCCAACGCUACACCCUGCAGCUUCACUCUGACCAAAUCCAACUGGGCUCGAAUCCAACAAAUCAUGGCCCAGAGUGGGAAGAGGCCGAGACUGGUUACCAACACCCCCGGAAACACAAACAACCGCGUCAGCGUCGAGAGCACAGCAGGGGCCGCGGCGACCCCCCAGAACUACCGUCUGCGUCGCCUACGAGUGAUGCGCAUGCGUAAGAUGAGAAUGGAGAGGAUGAAAGGCAUCACGACUACCACAACACCAACCACAACGGCGACUACACCUCCACCCACCACAACAGCAAUGUCAACAACAGAUGCCUCUUGGCUUGACUUGUGGUUUGAACUGGACACUGCAUCCACUCAAGACUAUAACUUUGAGUAUAGAAUAGAUGAAGAUUAGAGAAGGAUUGUGUGAAAGGAAUAUUGCCCUCUUUAAGCAUUUAGGCUCAUAAACUACAAAUCACUCUCUCUGUGGAACAGAGUGUAAAAGACAGAAAUAUCAUUAUUAUUUAAUUCAAGGAGUCUUUUGUGAAUAGUCAGAAGAACGAGGUAUUAUCAGUGUUGGGCAAAGUUACUUUUAAAAGUAAUGCAUUAUAAUAUUGUGUUAUUCCCUAAAUAAGUGACUAAUUGUGUUACUUUGUUACUUUUUACGGAAAGUAAUGCGUUGUUUUUAUUCACCUGGGCUGGCCUUGCUUGUUUGUUUAAAAAAAAAAA